UGUCUUAGCGUCAGCGUAAACAACAAUCAGCUGAUAAAGUUAAAUAAUUUAUUUCAUUUGUUUUCCAAGUUUUUCUUUUAUUUGUCGGAUUAUUUUCGUAAAUAUUCAAAUGCUUAUGUACUUGGAACUUUGUAAUUGACGGUUAUAACUUUGUAUUGCACUUAUCUAAAUAAUUGUCAAAAACAAACCUCAAGAAACUUGCAAAUCAAAACAGAAGGGGAGCAUGCAUACGAGGGACCAGUUUAGAAAGUUUGAUUAUGUGGGACAAAACACAGUUACCUUGUUGCGCUGUUCAAUUCCAGUUGUCUUAGCACAUUACUGCUACGCUGUCUUAGUUUAAGUGUUGUAAGGAAAACUAGUGAUUGGCCGUAAUGUUGAAUAUACUUGACAUUAUAUUCCUCGGUUUAGCGUUCACGGUUACAUUUACUGGUGUUCUGAUAAAUAACUUCGAAAAACAUGUACCUGCUUUUAUUAUUAAGGGGUACAGAUACGGCAGCUUUGCUUAUAAAGGGUCUGAAGCCAAUUUCUUGCAACUUAUAGAGAUACCAAAAGCAUGGUAUCGACAUUUUUACUUAUUUUCUUCAUUAUUCGGAGCAGCAACUUUGUCCUACAUGAUAUUUGUUUAUUACUGUGGUCACAAUGUGAAUGAAUAUGUGAAAAUUAUACUCAGAUUGUUACUUGAACAAGAUGAAGCUUCAGUGUCAGUGGCAGCAGCAAUGAUAACAAUGUUCCUUCUGACAAUACAAUGUGUGAGGAGGCUGUAUGAAACAUACUUUGUACAAGUGUUCGCUAAGACCAGCAAAAUGAACCUCAGUCAUUACCUCGCCGGGAUCAUACAUUACUUCGCCUGCAUCGUGGCCACAGUUGGCCAAGCUCCAAUGUUUUGUGGCAAGCAAAACAGAGAAGCGAUCACGUGGAACGACGCAUGGACGACAACCUUCGUAAUCCUUUGCUCCAUUAUAUUCCUGGUCUCCUGGUACGAGCAGUUCAAAACCAACUUGAUCUUCGCCGGUCUCCGUAAAGACAAGAAGUCAGGGCAAGUAGUUAGUGAAGAGCAUAUGGUGCCACACGGUAGACUGUUCAGUAACGUGUCCAGUCCACACAGAUUGUGCGAAAUCGUGAUGUAUACUGUGCUCCUGGUACUGAUGCCGACGAAGACGUUCUUCUGUAUUUAUUUAUGGGUUCUUGGUAAUCAGAUCCAAACAGCUAUACAAGCUCAUGAAUGGUACCUCCAAACCUUCAAGAACUAUCCAAAGAACAGAUGGGCUAUAUUCCCACAAUUAUUAUAAGAAUUAAGACUGAUGUGCAUUGUACAUAGUAACAUAGGAAGUAGUGGUAUUACGGUAAAGCUGCAAUGCCCAUAAACUCGAAAUUAUGCACUCGCUAAGCUUUGCGUUGUCUAUAUAUCUCUUAUCUUGUAUCGAAAUAAGCAUUUAAAAAAUCAAUGUCUUUGCACUAUACUAAUAAUAUUAAAGAUCAAAAGAUACAUUGAUUUUAAAUGUGUUAAUAUUUCAGUAGAAAGAUGUCAAUAUUGUGUAUGUUUAUUGAAAUCUAAAACAUGUUUAGAUGAGACUUCUCUAAACAUGUUAAAAAUUGGUAAAAAAAAACUUGAAGUGAUUAAGGGCCAUUAGUAGAAUUACGCAUGCGCCGGAAUAUUGCAAACAAUCUUUGAAUUACAUAGAAAUACACAGUUUAUUCACCGUAUUUCUAACCUUGCAAUUAAUUUACAAACAUAUAUCCACAACCGUGUAACCAGUUGUUUACAGCCGUGUAACCAGUUGUUUACAGCCGUGUAACCAGUUGUUUACAGCCGUGUUACCAGUUGUUUACAGCCGUGUAACCAGUUGUUUACAACCGUGAAGUCGGUUGUUUACAACCGUGUAGCCAGUUGUUUACAGCCGUGUAGCCAGUUGCUUACAACCGUGUAGCCAGUUGUUUACAACCGUGUAACCAGUCGUUUACAACUAAAGUUCUAACAUCGACACAUUGUACCAACCUCCCUCCAGGUUUGGGCGCAUGAUUACUAUCACAAUUUAUGUUGUGACCAUGCAGUCUUUAUUCACUUCGAUAGUUGAAUUUAAGGGGCUUGUCGUUAUUUUAUAAUGCUUUAUUUAUAUCAUAAGCUAAGUUUGUAUGGAACCAAUUAUAUUUUAUAAAAAACAUA